UGGCACAGGCCUGGUAGAGCCUAAUGUGGUGCUGGUUCAGGCCAGGCAGUGCCCCCUUCCAUACCCAUCCUGCAGUUUUGGUUGAUGCCAGGGCAGUGAUGUACAGGUAGCGGGGAUGCCCUCAUCCAUCCCCCGGGGCCCUCCUCACAUGCCCAGCCCGCACACAUCGCCUCCUCAUAGCUCCACACAGCAGCCGCCACUUGUGCCCCGCACAGCUCCUCCUCCGCCACCACCGCCUCCUCUCCUCAGCUUUUCCAGUCUGCCAGGUCAGCCCCGGCUCCUUCCUUGUGUGUGAUCCCGAGCUGAGCCAGGCUCAGUCUGCCCUCCUGCCGCCCUCCUCCUCCUGCCACCGGGCUCCAGCUGAUCCUGUCCUCCGCAGCCUGCGCCACUCCACACUGCUCUGCAAGAUGGCGGGGUCCCUGGUCGAAAGGGAGACGAUGCAGCUGGACAGCAGGCGUUUGAGCAGUCCACUAGGAUCCCCGGUACAAGCUGAAGUGUUCUUUCCACGACUGACAGUUCCGUUCUGUGGCCACAUAAAAGGCGGCAUGAGACCAGGGAAGAAGAUCCUCAUUAUGGGAAUGGUCGGCAUGAACCCAGAGAGUUUCGACAUCCAGUUGACAUGUGGAGAUUCAGAAGAUCCUCCAGCUGAUGUGGCCAUAGAGAUGAAAGCUGAAUUCUCUGAUAAGCAGCUUCUCAGGAACGCCUGUGUGUCUGGAGAGUGGGGGGAAGAGGAAUCUGCAAUCCCAUAUUUUCCAUUUAUUGCUGAUCAGCCGUUCAGGGUAGAGAUUCUCUGUGAGCAUCCGCGUUUCAGGGUAUUUGUCGACGGGCACCAGCUUUUUGACUUUUACCAUCGUGUUGAACUACUUUCUUCUAUUGACACUGUUAAGAUCAAUGGAGAUCUCCAGCUUACUAAACUUGGUUGAGGUCUCACUGAGAGUCUGAUGUCACCAGCGGACUAUGAGCGGACACUCCAGCACACGAGGAGACGCCGAUCACUCCCUCUGCAGUGAUUUUGCAUCAUUUCUACGGGACUGCAGGACUACAGAGCCACUGUUGGCGAUCCUGUUUUCGCCAUAUCAGAGGUGGCUGCCUGUAAAUCAAAUUUUAUUGACUUAGAUUACUCUUUUCACAACACAGCAGCUCAUUUUUUAUUUUAUUUUAUUCAUGUUUUACACCAUUUUUUUUAUUUUACUUGAAGAAAAUGGUGUUUUGGAGGUAAUUUUUCAUCUGUCCGUCAUCUUCAUUGUUACCCAUUCAUGAUGCCCAUGAUAACGCCAAUCAAUAAAGGGAACAUUGUUCUUGUGAAUGUUAAGUAAACAUGUAUUUUAUGUUUGGAUUGUUCUGUAGGUUAUUUUUCUUGAAGAGUGAUCUACUAUUACAUUGCAGCUAACAAUUACGAUGGAAAUAUUAUUUUGUCUGCAUGGAUUCACACUAAUGGUACAUGCCCCAUAAGGGGCUGCAGGAUAAUCUCCUAAUCAGAGGUAUAUAUGUACAUGCAAUAAACUACAUUCAUACAGAAAAGAAUUUAUAACAGGGUCAGCUCCUUUAGACAUUUUUCAUUGUACACUUUUUGUAGUAUAAACCAGUGUUCAUAAGGGUGAAAAAGAUGUAAUUCACUACAAGCCCAGUAGAUACAGUAAAUCUAUCAAUAUAUCUCCACUUAAAAACUAAAGGUUAAAGGGGUAUUCCAGGAAAAAACUUUUUUUUAUAUAUCAACUGGCUCCAGAAAGUUGAACAGAUUUGUAAAUUACUUCUAUUAAAAAAUCUUAAUCCUUUCAGUACUUAUGAGCUUCUGAAAUUAAGGUUGUUCUUUUCUGUCUAAGUGCUCUCUGAUGACCAGAGUUUAGAAGAGGUUUGCUAUGGGGAUUUGCUUCUAAACUGGGCGUUUCCCGAGACACGUGUCAUCAGAGAGCACUUAGACAGAAAAGAACAAUCUUAACUUCAGAAGCUCAUAAGUACUGAAAGGAUUAAGAUUUUUUUAAUAGAAAUAAUUUACAAAUCUGUUUAACUUUCUGGAGCCAGUCGAUAUAUAAAAAAAAGUUUUUUCCUGGAUAACCCCUUUAAGGUUUCACCACCAACACUCCCUCCCAACACUUAUUGUGGGUUAAUGGAAACUAAUAUAUAGGUUGUCGUUUGACAGUGUCUUCACUUGGUACUCUCCUGUGAUUUUCUUUCCCUAAAUAAAUAGAUAUUCUGCAGGAUUAAAGGGUUUAUCCAGGAAAAAAAAAAAUUUAUAUAUCAACUGGCUCGAGAAAGCUAAACAGAUUUGUAAAUUACUUCUAUAAAAAAAAAUCUUAAUCCUUCCUGUACUUAUGAGCUGCUGAAGUUGAGUUGUUCUUUUCUGUCUAAGUGCUCUCUGAUGACACCUGUCUCUGGAACUGUACAGAGUAGAAGCAAAUCCCCAUAGCAAACCUCUUCUACUCUGUGCAGUUCCCGAGACAAGCAGAGAUGUCAGCAGAGAGCACUGUUGUCAGACAGAAAAGAACAACUCAACUUCAGCAGCUGAUAAUUAUUGGAAGGAUUAAAAAAUUUUAAUAGAAGUAAUUUACAAAUCUGUUUAACUUUCUGGAGCCAGUUGAUAUAAAAAAAAUAAGUUUUUUCCUGGAAUACUCCUUUUUUGGCUGUAUAAGGGGUGUAUUAGAAGGUGUUCACCCACUCAGGCCCACCCUAUCUAUUCUAAGGCUGAGUUCACAUCAGCGUUGUUCUCCAUUCAGAGAAGUCUGUUAAAACUAUGGGAAGAGAUAAAAAUACUGCAAGCAGUAAUGGACACCUGACGGAAACUCAAUGGACCCUAUUUAAAGUCAAUGGGACCCGAUGGUGUCUGUUGAGCUCCAAUUCAUUCAGGGUCCGGUCAGCUUUUUUUGUGUGCUGGACGGACCCUAAAUGAAUUGGAGCACAAUAGACACCACCAGGUUCCAUUGAUUUUAAAGGGGUAUUCCAGGGAAAAACUUUUUAUAUAUAUAUAUCAACUGGCUCCAGAAAGUUAAACAGAUUUGUAAAUUACUUCUAUUAAAAAAUCUUAAUCCUUCCAAUAAUUAUCAGCUGCUGAAGUUGAGUUGUUCUUUUCUGUCUGACAACAGUGCUCUCUGCUGACAUCUCUGCAUGUCUCUGGAAUUGCACAGAGUAGAAGAGGUUUGCUAUGGGGAGUUGCCUCUACUCUGGACAGUUCCCGAGACAGGUGUCCUCAGAGAGCACUUAGACAGAAAAGAACAACUCAACUUCAGCAGCUCAUAAGUACUGAAAGGAUUAAGAU